AUGGCCGAUGAAAUGCAUCUGUCGACGGUGGAGGAGGUGCUGAAGCAUCCGUCGUAUCCGGACGCCACGUUCAACCUGAAGCCGACGAGUAGUGGGCUGCUGCCUGUGGCUGAGGGCCGGGGAGGGCCGCUGAAAAUUGGCUGGGAGAUCCACGGCUCGGGGCCGAUUCGCAUGGUGUUCAUCAUGGGACUCGGCUCGUUCAAGUCAUCGUGGCAGCGCCAGACGCUGUACUUUGGGCACGAGCGCCACGCGGACUUUUCCGUGCUGCUAGUGGACAACCGCGGCAUGGGCGACUCGGACAAGCCGCUGAUGCGGUAUUCGACGAGCGAGAUGGCCCUGGACGUGGUGGAGGUGCUGGAGCACGUCGGCUUCGUGGAGCGGACGCCGGCCGGAAGUGAAAGUGCUGCCGGGCUCGCUUUUACGCCGGCAAGCCAGCGAGCCGUUCACGUGAUCGGAGUCUCGAUGGGCGGCAUGAUUGCGCAGGAGCUGGCGUGCAUGGCGCCGACGAUUGUGGCGUCGCUGUCGCUGUGCUGUACGGCGGCCGCGAUUGAGAACACGUCGCCGACGAUCUGGCAGAACCUUGCCAGCCGCGCGGCCCUGAUCGUUCCCAAGGGCGUCGAGGAGAGCGUCCGGGGCGCGGCCGGACGCAUCUUUGCCCACGACUGGCUACCGCAGCCGGACAACGUGCAGCUGCCGAAGCGGGGAACACAUCUGGUCGGACCGCCGCAGCGAGGGUGCCAUGGGGACCAGAAGCAGCAGGACGACACGGACGACAAGGACGACCCUUGGUAUCGCCUCUUCGAUAACAACUACCAGCGCUUCGUUGCCCAGGAGAUGCACAAGCGGCUCGACCCGCGCUUCUCUACGGCCGGCUUCCUCAUGCAGCUCAUCGCCUGCGGCUGGCACCACAAGUCUCCGCAGCAGCUGGUCACCAUGGCCGAUCAAAUCGGCCGCGACCGCAUCUUGGUCCUUCACGGCACCGCCGACCACAUGAUCUCGCUGCCCCAUGGCCGCAAGCUGAUCGAGUACAUCCAGCCGGGCGCCGCACACAUUAUCGAGGGCAUGGGCCACGCCCCCCUCGCCGAGCGCUGCACCUGGUACAACAACCUCUUGGAGGAGCGGGCACGGGCGGGCGAGAAGUUGGCGGGACGAUGA